GGGGGUGGGGGGGAGAAGAGAAAAGAGCGAGAGAGAGGCAGAGGAAAGGCGACUAGGAACCGAAGAAGCACUACAGCCGUGGGUGCCCUCCACCAUGGGAGCCUUGCAUCACUUGCCCGAGCCGUUGCUUCAUCCGUGGGCCAUGUCGUGAUACGUGGGCUCCGCCAGUGGGAUUUCUGUCCGUAAUCCGAGCCGCCGAGGAAGGGGGGAGAAGAUGUCCGCCUCGGUGGGCCCUCGGGGCGGCCCGCGCCCACCCGUUGCGCCGGCGUCCAUGCCUGAGCCGGACCUGAGCCAUCUGACUGAGGAAGAGAGGAAGAUAAUCAUGGCUGUGUUAGCUCGACAGAAGGAGGAGGAGGAGAAGGAAGAGGCCAUGUUAAAGGAGGAGAGGCCCAUCCAAGCAAGAACUGUGAACCUGGUAGGCCAGAAGAAGCCUCCUCAGCAAAAUGAUGUCAGAGGUAUCCAGCAGCAGUUGUCCAGCUACAGGGAGACGGUGCGGCGGGUGGGGGAGGAGACGCGUCGGCAGACCACCACGAGCCAGCAUCGGGACGACGCGCCCACCUGUGGCAUCUGCCAUAAGACCAAAUUUGCUGAUGGCUGUGGCAACCUCUGCUCCUACUGCCAGAUCAAGUUCUGUGCCCGCUGCGGGGGGAGGGUGUCCCUGCGCUCCAACAAUGAGGAGAAAGUGGUUAUGUGGGUGUGUAAUAACUGCCGUAAGCAGCAGGAGAUCCUCACUAAGCCAGGGGAGUGGUUCUCAGGUCCAGGGAAGCCAGGUCUAGGCUCAGGCAUCAGUGACCCAGCCAUGUGUGGCCUGAACCCCAGUGACGAGAAGCUCCGUUCCCUCUCCCAGGUCCCCCUGGGGCCCCACGACGCCAACUGCCCCGGUGACCCAGGACUGGCACCAGGAAUGGACCUCCGCUCACGCAGCGAGCCGCCGAGAAAGCCCGGUGAUCAGAACAGUAAAGGUCGAGGUGAGCGUCGACCGGGUCAUCCCAGACUCCACACCCAGGUGUCUGUGGACCGGGACCAACGGGAGCGAGAGCGGAGGGAGGGCCGACGGCUGAGUAAGGGCCGCUCUCUGGAACAUGACCCUGUGGGAGCAGGGGUCCCCCGAUGGACAGAAGAGGGCUAUCACAUAGACCCAAACGCCCCCCGACAUUUAGCCCAGCCCCAGCCAGGGGAGCCACUGGGGGGCAGGCACCCUCUACAGCCCCUGAGGCGAGGCAGGGGGGUUGAGAUUGGGUUUGAGGGUGCUGGGAGUGUUGGGGGCCAGCCCGAGGCUAUGCUGGGCCAGAGGACGGUGGUGGGGGGUAUUGGGGGGCCACAGGACCUUGGCCCUCCACAUCUCCAGACCUCAGAACUCAGGGAACCCCCUGGGUCAGCCCCCGUCCCAGAACCCGGCCCCCUCCUGCGCCGGUCCAAACGGGAAAAGGCUGAGAGCAUGCUGCGAAACGAUUCGCUCAGCUCGGACCAGUCAGAGUCUCUGCGGCCGCCCCCGCCACGGCCCUACAAGUCAAAACGUGGCGGUGCUGGGAAGAGACAGACAUCAGUCAGCAGCUCAGAGGAAGAGGGAGGGACCACGCCAGAGUACAGCAGUUGUGAGGACGCCGAGAUCGAGAGUGUCAGUGAGAGAGGGGACUGGGAGUGCUACCCGCUGGACCCCACUGUGUGGCAUCAUCCGGCGACAUGGCAGCCAUCCAAAGAGGGUGACCACCUAAUCGGCCGAAUCACCCUGAGCAAGAGGAGCGUUAUGCCUAAAGAGGCCGGGGCACUGCUGGGGCUGAAGGUGGUUGGGGGAAGGGUCACAGAGGCGGGCAGACUGGGAGCCUUCAUCACUGUAGUCAAGAAGGGCAGUCUGGCCGACAUCGUGGGACACCUACGAGCAGGGGAUGAGGUUCUGCAGUGGAAUGGCAAGAUGUUGCCAGGAGCAACCCAGAAAGAAGUUUACAAUAUCAUUCUCAAUUCCCAAGCAGAACCCCAAGUGGAACUAGUGGUGUCCCGGCCCAUUGGUGAUAUCCCAAGAAUCCCAGACACAUCCCACCCGCCACUAGAAUCUACAGGUUCCAGUUCAUUCGAGUCCCAGAAGAUGGAGCAGCCAUCUAUAUCAGUCAUGUCCCCCACCAGCCCCGGUGCACUAAGAGACAACCCACAGCUCACAGUAUUGCCCGGACAACUUUCAGUGAAGCUGUGGUAUGAUAAGGUGGGACACCAGCUAAUAGUGAACGUGGUCCAGGCAACGGAGUUGCCUCCCCGACCGGAUGGGCGACCCAGAAACCCCUACGUCAAAAUGUACUUCCUGCCGGACCGCAGUGAUAAGAGCAAGCGGAGGACUAAGACAGUGAAGAAGACCGGAGAGCCCAUGUGGAACCAGACUUUUGUGUACUCCCACGUCCACCGCAGAGACUUCCGCCAACACAUGCUAGAGCUGACCGUGUGGGACCAGCCUCGCCUACCUGACGAGGAUAGCAUGUUCAUGGGCGAGAUCCUGAUAGAGCUCGAGACAGCCCCUUUGGAUGAUAAGCCUCAUUGGUACAAUCUGCAGACCCACGACGUGUCUUCCAUCCCUCUGCCACGGCCAUCGCCCUACAUGCCCCGCAGACACACCCACACCGACACACCCAGCAAGAAGCUGCAGCCAGCCGAAAGAGGCUCGCGGGAGAGGGAGAGGCAGCAGAGGGUUCCCCACGCCACCACUCUGGAGGUGCCGGAGCAGCAGAGGACACCCCAGCAUCGCUCUCGAUCUGUCUCCCCUCACAGAGAGGAACAGGGCAGGGGCCGAUCACGACCCACCAACGUCCCCACCCAGAGGAGUUUGGAUGAUGAGAUCCACCAUAGUAGGAGGUCUAGUUCUCCCACCCGCUACUACGACUCUGCCGGAGGACACUACCAGGAGCAGGACUAUGUAGAUGACAGUGAGGUCAUCUUGAUCCACCAAUCAAUGCGGGGCAAAAGUGCAGAGUGCCUACACACUAAAAGUGAUCUACAGCCUUCUCUUGACAGGGUUAAGACUAGGAGCGCUAGCACCAACUGUCUGAACCCAGAAAGGAACCAUAGUGUUCCUUCACCAGAGUCCAAAAGCUGCUCCCAGUCUCUGCCCCGCAGACGCCCCGCCAGCCCCAGGAUUCUAAUCCAACACGCCUCCCCAGAAGACGACAGAUGGAUGAUGGAGCGUCUAGUACCUAGACAAGAGACAGUAAACCACCUCAGUGCAAAGAAGAGGCAAACUCGGACCCUGGACUCAUCAACCUGUCACACUCUGGGAAAGAAGCUCCCUGGCAGAGACAGGGGCCCCCUGCAAGGUGGUGUGUCUCUGUCCUCCUCAGUGACAUCCUCGUCAGCAGCUCGCAGGGUCAGACACCUCCCACAGGUCCCCGACAAAAGUAGCAGCCCCGUAGAACAAGCUCUAGCAGCGGAGGAACGUGUUCGUCAGCUCCAGAUGAAGGUGCAGCAGAGGGAUUCCUACAGUUCUGCUGCUCCCUCCACUUCCAGCAGGGACCUGGAGAGGGCGCUUAAGAGCAAACGCGAGGUCAGUCACCUGUCACUAGAGCUGUAUAAGGACCAGAGGAGAACCAGCUGUGAGAAUGUAUCCCGCAAGUCUUCAGACAGUGAUGUCAGUGACGUGUCAGCCAUCUCUCGCACCAGCAGUGCCUCCCGCAUCAGUAGUACCAGCUACAUGUCCAUCCAGUCAGAGAGACCCCGGGGACGCUUCAACAAGGCGAUCCGUGCGUCAGGCCAGAGCAUGUUGAAGAGCACCAGCGUGAGCGGUGAGAUCUAUGGCAUUGAGCGCACAGACGGCAGCCAAUCAGAUACAGCCUUGGGUGGGGGCAAGAAGCGGCGCUCCAGCCUCAGCCAACGGGUGGUUGCCAUCGUGGGCCUGCCCUCCAGACGCAGCUGCAGCACCUCACAGCUCACCUCCCAGAAAGAAGCAGUGGGGGUGGAUACCAAGAAGAAGGGCAAGAAAAAGAACAAAAUCCAGAUCCAGCGGAGUACAGAGGUGGGUAUGGCUGUAGAGUACCCCCGCCAGGCCAGCAGAGACUCCACCGACGGCAGCAUGAACAGCUACAGCUCUGAGGGGAAUCUAAUCUUCUCGGGGAUGAGGCUGGGGGCUGACAGUCAGUUUAGUGAUUUCCUGGAUGGCCUUGGCCCCGCCCAACUGGUGGGCCGGCAAACAUUAGCCACACCUGCCAUGGGAGAUGUUCAAAUUGGAAUGAUGGAUAAAAAAGGCCAGCUGGAGGUAGAGGUGAUCAGGGCACGUGGCCUUAACCCCAAACCAGGGUCCAGAUCACUCCCAGCUCCCUAUGUCAAGGUGUACCUGCUGGAUAACGGCGCCUGUAAAGCCAAAAAGAAAACCAAGAUUGCACGUAAAACCCUGGAGCCACUCUACCAGCAGGCCCUGCUGUUUGAAGAGAGCCCACAGGGGAAGAUCCUCCAGGUAAUAGUCUGGGGCGACUACGGGCGACUGGACCACAAAUGCUUCAUGGGAGUUGCACAGAUCCUAUUGGAGGAGCUGGACCUCUCUAGCACAGUGAUUGGCUGGUAUAAACUGUUUCCCCCUUCCUCAUUGGUGGACCCUACAUUAGCCUCGCUCACGCGGCGGGCAUCCCAGACAUCCCUGGACAGCUCAGGACCAGCUAAUAUGCGCUCUUAGUGACCGCAACGCAACCACAAACCCAAAUGGACCACAACCAAUGGACAACAAAUGACCAGAGUGCAUGACCACAUACCUAGGGCCAAUUUCCCUUAGGGCAAUAGAGCAAAUCAGAGAGAAAUAGAGAUAGAUAGAGAGAGAGAGAAAGGAAGGAAGGAAAGGAGAUAGAGAACUAGCCAAUCAGAGCUUACCUGGAUUCUGACAAUCACUUCCCAUGCCUCCCUCCCUUCCCUCUUCCCGCCUUUCUCUGGGCUGCCGGGGCCUUACUCCUGAGUCUCACCUCUUGUAUUCCUCCUCGUCUCUGACAUCUCCUUUCUUUGUCUCCUCUUUGUCCAUUCCUCCUCUCCCGCCAUUGAGUGUGUUAUGGCACGUGCUCCUGAGAUAGAAGGGACUCAUGCAGCCCACUCUGUUAGGUGGCACAAGGGAUGUCAGCCCAGCCUUGGUGAAGCCAAUCAGUGAAGAGGUUAUUGUGAGGCCAUAAAGAGUGUGCAGGAGACAAAGAGAUAAGAUUGAUGAUGCCCUGCCGACAGUUGCCCAUCACAAUGUGUUUCAGCAUUGAUGACGUCAUGGCGUCACUAUAGGUGUCUGUGAGGGUUGGGCUGGUUGCACAAUCUGUUAGGGAAGGGAGUCUGCACAGGUGGAAAAAACACUUGUUCUAAGAUCAAAGCAAGCACAAAAGCUUGAUUCUUUUUUGGACAAGGAUUGAUUAUGAAAGAGAAAGAAAAGCAGAGGCCAAAUUAUGGUUAGAUAUGUUUUAUUCUAUUUGCCUAGAGUUCAGAAAGUUACCAUGUGGUGCAAACUCCCUGUGCGUGUAUUUGGUUUCGAGUGACGGUGGUCUGCAGACCUGCAGAGGUCUCGUCACCCCCCCCCUCUCGUUCCGCCCCCGCGAGCGAGGCAGGCGCAGCAUGACUCGGGACCCCGGCCCAAGCUGCAUGCACAUUUUUUUUGUAAAACAAAAGCCAGACAAAUUACUUUAAAAAAAAGAGACUAAAUGUGUGUUAGUUCCACAUACUUUAGGCCAGCUUGUAUGUUGCAUGUACUUGUACAGUUUGCUCGUACUGAAUAUGAAUACAAACAGAAAAGCCAUCCGCCUUCCAAGGGCGGACACCGGGGAAUAAGCUCCGCCCAGGCCACACCUCCAACUCUGGGUAUGAAUUUCCAUAUUAGGAAGUCUCCAAAAGCCUUUUUUAUUUUCUUGUGUUCCUUUUGAACCCUUUGGAGAGCAGUGCUGUAUCAUAGUACUGAGCAAACUGGAACCCCCUAGUUAUCUGAGGAUCUAGGUGCUUUAACAGUAGUCUAUGACAGUGGGGCUAGAAACAGAGGUCGAGAAUGUGUGUAUAAAAACAGAGCUUAAUGUAUAUGAAGUAAAAUUAUGACUUGACAGAAAUUAUAAAGAUAUAGAUAUAUGAUUAGCAAAUGAGUGUAUCUGACUACACGCAUUACCUACGCGCACACACACCUUGUAAAUAUGAGUCAGGGGGAGAAGUUUGACAAUAUUUACACACACACACACACACACACACACACACACACACACACAACACAAAACGAUCCAAACAUUCCUGGUCCUCUGGAAACAGAUCAGAGCCCCAUGCCCUGUGCCACGAGAGGCACUGAGCGGUGCCCAACCACAAGAGGGAGCCAACAGACCUUUCAGUUUCUCGUAAUGGCAGCCAACACCAACAUGACUAUUUGCGACACACUCCAUCUUGUUUCUUUAACCGCAAAACUUUUAAUCCCCCUACUUUCUCAUGGUUUGGACUGAACUUAAAAGCCAAUGAAAAUCUUGUUUGCUGACCUUUCAGUUGAACACCUUGCGGUGCGGCCCACUGCCCUUUCCUUUGUCAGUAUUACUCCACGAUACUGAUUGUUUACAGUCCAUGGGUAUCCACUCAAAAACACGAUAUCUAGGAAAUAAGUAUUCACUGCUACAUUUCUUGUUUGUAUAACAGAUGUGGCUCUACUGAUGUGUAUGUUUUAUAUUCAAGAGUUCAUUUUUAUUAUUUACAAAUAAAAGACUGUGUGGAAGAAAA